AGGACCACCUGUAGGGUCCAUCAGAACUGAUGGAGGCAGUAGACCAGGCCAGUGGCUGUAAAGGUAGACACUGUGCACUGGACCUCCUGGAGGACUGCCCCGACUGCCACACGGACCAGCCUAUGUUUGGACUCAUCGAGCUGGUGUGUGUCACUGUAAUCUACAUCCCUCUGAUGCUGCUUGGGCUUCUGGGUAAUAUCCUGACCAUCUUGGUGGUGUGGCUGCGUCCCCACAUGAGAACUUCCACGUACCUGUACCUGAGCAGCAUGGCUGUGAGUGAUCUGCUUAUCCUUCUUCUGCUGCCGCUCGAUUUGUACAAGUUGUGGAGACCCAGACCCUGGCCCUUGGGUGACUUGGUGUGUAAACUCACCAUGUUCCUUUCUGAGUGCUGUACAUUCUGCACCAUCCUCCACAUCACCUUCCUGUCUUUGGAGAGGUAUCUGGCUGUCUGCUGGCCGAUCACAGCCAAGACCCUGGUUACACGGCGGCGCACCAGAGUUUUGAUUGGCUGUCUUUGGCUGGGGGCCGCCCUCAGCGCUGCGCCGGUGUUGGUCAUGGUGGGAGUGGAAGAUGUUGGAGGAGAGGAUAGUGGAUUUGGGGGCUGGAAGGAUGAUGUACUCUGGACAGAAACAGCAAAGGCAGAAUUAUUAAGAGCAGACAAUGUUAAAGGGCAAUUUGUACCUGACUUUCAUGAGAUAACUCUGGGUGGACAGGAGCAGACUGGGUGGAAUAACAGUGUGAAGACUCAUGAUAGAGUUGUAAAAGAUACAGAAAAGUCCGCGGAAAAACAGAAUAAAAUGAAAGAGGAUGAAGGAGGUGGAAGUGACGAGCCUUUUCUUAAAGAUGUGGACAGCAGUGAGUGUCGCUGUACGCAAUAUGCAGCCUCCUCUGGCCUGCUCUCAGCUAUGAUGAUCCUCUCCAACCUCUACUUCCUGGUUCCCUUCUGCAUCCUGGGACUGGUCUACAGCCUGAUUGGACGAACACUUUGGCUGCGUCCACAAAGCAAUCGCAAAGACCAGAGCAACAAGAACACUGUCAAAAUGCUGGGCGUGAUUGUGUUAGCGUUUGUGUUCUGCUGGCUUCCAUUCCAUGUGGGUCGGACCAUUUUCUCUUUGUCACUUGGGGCUGCAGCCACUGACUUGGGUACAGAGGAGGGUACUGAGUGGGACUCUGACCUGUCUGACCUGAGCACAGCAGACACACAAAUGUUUACAACCCCUAGCAGCUCAUUUGCACACUACAACUCCACUUACAUGAUGUACCCCGACAGUCACCUGUACUUCUUAUACUACUUGUCUCAGUACUUCAACCUGGUGUCAUCAGUGCUGUUCUACCUCAGUGCUGCCAUUAACCCCUUACUGUACAACCUGAUGUCGGGCAGGUACAGACUGGCUGUGCGCAGCCUCAUUCAGCCAGAGUCACCUUUUCAGAUCCACCGGACACGUACCUUCACUAUUCAGCAGGCCUCUACAACUGUGUAA